AUGGGAGCAGAGAAUGACACAGAAUCUAUAACGGAGCCAGUGCCUGAAGCCGUCGAGUAUGUACAGAAGUGUAACUGUCGUUGUGGUGAACGCAACGAGGCUUCCCGGAUCGUGGGCGGGGUGGAGACUGCAGUGAACGAGUUCCCCUGGGUGGCGCGUCUAUCACUGCAUAACAAGUUCUAUUGUGGAGGUUCGCUCAUCAAUGACAGAUUUGUGCUCACCGCCGCGCAUUGUGUUACAUCGUUCAUGUGGUUCAUGAUCAAAGUGACUCUUGGGGAGCACGACCGCUGCAACACGACUCAUCCCCCGGUGAUCCGUUACGUCAUCAAGAUGGUGGCUCAUAACUUUAGCUUCUCUAACUUCAAGGAUGAUGUUGCUGUGCUGAGACUGCACAGGCCAGUGGUUAUUACUGAUACCGUGAAACCAGUCUGCUUGCCGAAAAAUGAUGAUGCAACAUAUGCUGGUGUGAAUGCGAUAGCAGCUGGUUGGGGCACCGUGGGUGAGGGAAAGAACCACUCUUGCUUCCUGCAGGAAGUGGAACUCCCGAUUCUUAGUAACGAGGCUUGCAAGAAGGCGAACUAUACUCCGAGCAUGAUUGGAGAUGGUAUGCUCUGCGCAGGAGACCCAAAAACAGGAAUGAAGGAUACUUGUCAGGGUGAUAGUGGGGGCCCUCUUAUUUUUGAAGAAUAGUCACAUGUAAUAUGGUGUUUUUUUAUUUCAGGUGUGGUGUCAUGGGGCAUAGGCUGUGGUCGGCCAGGCUAUCCCGGUGUUUACACCAGGGUGACCAAGUAUCUUGACUGGAUACGGAAGUUUGCUAACACUGGAUGCUUUUGUGCUGCCUAA